UGGCAGUCGGACAGAGGAGUCAUAUUACCGUUGCGUCUGACCUCCUCCUCCCCUCCUCCCUCGCUCUCAUCUCCUCUCCUCGCUGUGGUCUGAACCCAGUGUCUGUUCCUGCCCGAUGUUAAACCAUGUAACCGAGCGAGUGCGGAGACACCGAGGCGCUGGUCUGCGCCCCACAACUUCACCAAACGACGACAAAAGCAGCGCGGCGGCGAUGAGUUGUGUCAGCGGGGCAUGACGGGAGAACAGCCGAGGACGUCUGAGGCGCUGAAGGAGACGACUUAAAGAGCUCCGGCCCCUGCAGACGCUGUCCCAUACCUCAACACACACCCAGACCAGAGAGUUAGCCAGCCCCGUGGACAGGAAGACAACAUGGCCUCCAGCACGCCACCCAGUAAUCCUCCCUGUGGCCUCACGGACAGGAGCGGCAGCUUCUUUAAGCUGAUUGACACAUUUGCAUUGGAGAUCGGGGAGCUGAAGAAAGAGAUGGUCCAGACCUCUGUAACAGUGGACACGGAGCCCCUUGACCUACGAGGGCUGGAGAGUGAAGUGAACGGUGUUUACCUGCAGUCCCCCCUCUGUGGCGGGGUGGGGGGUGAAAGGGAUUCUGGGUACGAUUCCUUAUGGAGGAGGAUGAGUGUGUUGGACAGGCUGACUCAAACCCACCCGGUGUGGCUGCUGCUGGCAGUCAGUGAGGAGGAGGCCAGCCACAUUCUGCUCAAACAGCCACCAGGGGUGUUCCUGGUCAGGAAGUCUGCCGCUCUACAGAGGAAGGUUCUGUCGGUGCGUCUGAGGGAGGAUCAGUCAGGAACUUCCAUCAGCCACUUUGCUGUCAGAGAGAGCCAGUACACCUUUUCCCUUGAGGGAUCCGGGAUCAGCUUUGCAGAUCUGUUUCGUCUGGUUGCUUUCUACUGUAUUAGCAGGGACGUCCUGCCUUUCACACUCAAACUCCCAGAGGCCAUUGCAUCCGCUACGACUCGGAAAGAACUGGAGGAGGUAGCACAGCUUGGAGCAGGCUUCUGGGACUCUGCCCUCUGCAGUCAGCGGCGUUCCUCCCCCCGUCCCCGUCGCCCUCUGAGUCGUACCCUCAGCCCCCAGCGAACUAACAGGAACAGCGAGGACGAGGGGCCGCAGCAGAGACUCACCGGGGUACACUGUGACAGUGCACCGCCAACUCUACGCUCCCACGCUCCUCCACUUUCCUUUCACCUAGAAAGGAGACAUUCCAGUGGUCCUCUGUGCUUCCUUAACCCCCUGUUUCUCCAGACUCAUCACCGCCACCACCGCUGUGAGGACGGUCCGCCUUUGCGUGCUGUCGAGUCUGACGGCAACCCAGAAAAUGCUGGGAUAGCAUCCGCGAAGCCGUUAAGCAGCAGUCAAGGUAGCGAGAAGCACGUGGACGAGAUCAAAGUGAACGGCAAAUCGCGGUCCCCUCCCCCUCGCCCCCCUCCCCCACGCUCGAUGCCACGCCGGCGCCCUGCCCCGCCUCCGCCUGGACCUCCACCAGCUACCACCAGACCCAAGAGCAUGCCGGAGGCCGUUGCUGCAUCUGCAAAGCCACGAUAUACCUCCAUCAAGCGCCCAGCACCCGCUAGACCGUCAAUGGGUGCCAAGCAGAGCAGCCCCUCCAAAACUGCCAGCUCACCAAUCCCUGUGUCUUCAAACCCACCACCUCCGAGGCCUAAGAAGCCUGAUCUGGAAGCUCAUCGCUGCCACAUAGCCCUGGAUGAUGAGACCAUCGCUAAGGCUCUGUCCCGUGCUAAGCUUCCACCCUGCCAACCGCCACCUGCUGUCCCUGCUGAUGUGCUACUGGAGAAUAGCGCUGGGAGUCCAUCCAGUCCGAACGAGAGGGGACGCCAGCGACUGAGUGACAUGAGCAUGUCCACUUCCUCUUCUGACUCACUGGAAUAUUCUCAGUCUCCUGGAUUCUCCCUGGGACUGGCCCCUAGUCCAUCCCGACACCUUACUCAUCAAGACCCAGUGGAGGACAGCAGUGACGAUGAUGAGUAUGGGGAAGAAGACGAGGAUGAAGACUACGGGGUAGGCCUAGAGACGGACCUAGAAAUGCGUCUUCGUCCGUCCUUCAAAUCACGGCGGCAGAGGGUCGGUGUGAGCCUGAGCGGUGGCUCCUUUAUCCUCCCCAGGGCCCUGAAGGGACGUUUCCGCAAGGUGAGCGGCAUGCUGAGCUCCCUCGUGACCCCGAAGAGACGGGUGGUGAAAAGGAUCACAGAGGUCUCCAGGGACAAAAGCUCAUACUUUGGCUCCCUGGUCCAGGACUACAUCAGCUUUGUUCAAGAGAACCGAGGCUGUCACACAUCAGGGAUUGACUUUCUGCAGACACUCAGGCAGUUUAUGACACAGAUGAAGGCUUACCUGCGCCAGAGCUCCGAGCUGGACCCCCCAAUAGAGUCACUUAUACCCGAGGACCAGAUAGACCAGGUGCUGGAGAAGGCCAUGCACAAGUGUGUCCUGAAGCCUCUGAAGAGUGUGGUCGACGCGGCUUUACACGACUUCCAGGUGAGCAGUGGAGCUUGGCAGCAGCUGCGGGAGAACUUGGCCCUCGCUAAGGCCAAGAAGCCCCAGGAGCUCGGGGUGGACGGAGCUGUGCCCCCUGACCCUGUGGAUAUUGACAAGAUCUGCCACAAGUUCCUAAACAUGAGGAAGAUGUACUCCCCUGAGAAGAAGGUGUCAGUGCUGCUGCGCGUCUGUAAACUCAUCUAUACCAUCAUGCAGGAUAACUCAGGCAGGAUGUAUGGUGCCGACGACUUCCUGCCUAUGCUGACGUAUGUGGUGGCUCAGUGUGACAUGCCUCAGCUGGACACAGAGAUCCAGUACAUGAUGGAGCUGCUGGACCCAUCUCUACUGCAGGGAGAGGGAGGCUACUACCUGACCAGCGCAUAUGGAGCCAUGGCCCUCAUCAAGAACUUCCAGGAGGAGCAGGCAGCCCGGGUUCUGAGCUCCGAGGCCAGGAACACUCUGCACCAGUGGCACCGCCGCCGCACCACGCAGCGUUCAGUGCCGUCUGUGGACGACUUUCAGAAUUAUCUCCGUGUUGCCCUGCAGGAAGCAGAGUCAGGCUGCACGGCCAAAACCCUGUUCGUCCACCCUUACACAACCACAGAGGAGGUCUGCUCACUCUGCGCUUACAGGUUCAAGAUCCCCAACCCUGAGAACUACGCACUGUUUCUGGUGACUGAGGACACCAGUCAGCAGCUGGCCCCGGACACUCACCCUCAACUAAUUAAGGCCGAGCUCCUCAGCCGGCCCUGUACACACAUCUUCCACUUUCUCUACAAGAAGGUGCCCAACCUUAACCUCUGCAUCCCUGCUGUCGCGCACAAUGGAAACUGUCUUCAAGUUGAAUAG